UUGCAGUGAAUUAUUGUUCUCAAUAUGCCUAAACAUAAGCAUAGGCAUCGUUAUUGUUCUGUGAGACGAUCAGGGAAACGAGAUUCAAGAAAUUCAUCGAGAGAUCCCGUCUAUCUGACAGAUCUCGACGCAUCCUUAAUAGAGGUUAACUCACGCGCCUCAUGCGGGGACUCCCCUGCCCCCUCAUCUCAACGUGAUGAGUUGACUUCGGCACUCAGGGAGAUCCUCUUUUUUAUGAAAGAGUACACCACUCCGAGGAUUCCUGAAAUAGACGCUUUGGGUCAUAUCCAGGACGUCGUACCAGAGGACAUCGUACCGGGAAACAUUGUUGCGAAGGACAUGGUAACAGGACACGUCAUGGCCGAGGACACUGAUCCUUCCCUGUUGGGAGAGCUACAAAUCUCUCAUACAGAGGUUAACGGGCAGGCAGAUAGGCAGACGGUUCUUCAGAACCGGGGCGGCGAACCAGUUUGCUUCGACCCAGAGGUAAUUAUUGCGAGCUCGCUAGAUAUAGAUAAAGAAAAUGACGCUUCUCUGAUAAACGAAUUGUUCGGAGAGCAUCCAGUUUCAAAUGAGUCUCCCUGGGACUCUACGGUUUUCAAAUUUACUAAAGGUGAAGUUCGCUCAAGUCUGAAAGAAGAGCUGCGUACAAAUCUGCUCUCAAAAUUCGAAAUUAAAGGAAGUUUAGCAGAUAUCGCACCCCCUAAGUUAAACAACGAAAUAAGGUAGGCGCUUGCCUCAACGUUUUCGGCUCAGGAAUUUCAAAUAUCUUGAAAGCCUAUCAAGGCCGACCUUUGCAGCCGA